CGUGUGCAGGCGUGUACGCACGGGCAACUCGCCAUUGGCCGGAGCGUUUUGAAUAGCCUGUUUCUCACACGGGCUUUUCAUCAGCUGCACGAGAGGUCAACUUAAUCCCUGUGCAGAAUUUGCUAUCGAGCUGUUUCACUCAGCUUGGUAACUGUAAUGGACGCCCCUGGCCCGCCAGACCGUGCUGAUGAAACAAGGUCUACCGAAGCAUCAUUGCCUCUCCCAAUCCCCAACGAAAGGACUGCAAACAUGCUGGAGGAAAAACUAACCCAUCCAGUGAAGCGAAUGUGGAACUCUGAUGCAGAUGAAUCUGUGGAAACCUCUAAAAGAGCUCGUCUGUCGGACACGGCGGAGAACAGACUCAACGAAAACUCCUCCACUGAGAAGGAAACCCGCAGCAAGGUUAAUCCACCCUCCGUGCUGAAUCAAGACGUUGACACCAACGGAGACGAGAACGGGGACCAUUUAUCGUCUUGCGACGCCAGCAACGGCUCCUUAGAAAACGACUCCCCGCUAUUAAACAACGCAGACAAGGACUCAAGUGUAAAGGACAGCGUUGAAGAAAAAAUAAAGGAUGUUUCUGCUCACGGGGAAACGAGUGUGUUAAACAAUGACGAGGAAUCGAUGGAUGUGGAGGUAGAGGCUGUCGAGAGCAAAACGCUGACGGAGAAACCCUCAGGCGAAGAUAGCAAAGAUAGAACAAUCACAACAACAGAAGAGGCGAAGACCUCUGAUAAGACAGUUCAAAAUGAAAUAGCUAAUACGACAGAGCCAAAGGAAAAAACCACAACAGAAACAAAAACAGAUAGUCACGGCACGGUCUGUGUCUCCGAAAAAGAGGACAAGUCCGCAGUUAGUGGGAAAGAAACGUCUUUAAGUGAACGGAACUCUGAGGCAAAUCAAUGUGAAGAAACUUCGUCAAGAACUGCUGAGGAUAGUACAUCGAGCUCGAAAUCCAAAGGAGAGUUAGAAAAUGGCACGGCUGAUGUCAAGUCAAUCUCGCCCAACUCAAAUGUAGCUAAUUUAAAGGACAUUAUUGAAAAGAGAUUUAAAGAACAAUUACACAACAGUGGUGAGCAUAAGAAGACGAACAAGGAGGAAGACUGUAGCAGUGCAAAAGACGCGAAAAGUAAAACGAAUGAAGAAAUGUCAAGAUCCUCUUCACCCCAGGACGAUAUUAUCAUCCUCUCUGAUGAUGACAUGGACGACAAUGCCGAUGCAGAUGAAGUGAGUUCCAUAGACACUGGACCCUUCUCGCCUCCUCCAGACGACGACCCUCUGAGCAAGCUCUCUGAGGAGGAGCUAGACCAGAGAGACAAGGUCAUUAGGGAGUUACAAGAGGAGCUCCGCACCGAGGAGGGCAAACUCUUGCUGCUCAAGAAACUCCGCCAGAGUCAGCAACAACCUGUCCAGGUGGUGCCGAAGGAUGCCAACGCCACUGCCAACGCCAACGCGGCCGCCGUGACUGUCACAGUUGCAGCAACAACCGCACAGAAACCCACAACCAUACAGAGCGCUACCACAGCAUUACCGCUUCUACUGCGCACCACUCAGGGCUCCAAGAUUCAGCCUGCAUCACAGCAGCAGCAACAGCAACUGCAACAGUUGAAGCAACUGCAGCAGUUUCAGCAACAGCAGCAUCAAUCCGGAGGCCGUAUUGUACAGAUGCCCCAACUUGUCCGAGGCUCUCAGAUCCAGACGAUGCAGGGCCGUAAUGUGCUGACGUCUCAAAGUGGUCCUCCCCCACUCGUCAUGGUUUCUAGAGGAGGAAUUCAACAGAUGCAAAACACUCGGCAUAUCAUAAGAGUGAGCAACACAGGAACUGUGAGUACAACGUCGGGCCAGAGCGGCGCGACCCAUAUCUCAGUUAAUCAUCAAACCCGUCCUAGCACGACCUCCGCGAACGAUAGCCAGUCGGCUGCGAGUCGCCAGGCCGCCGCCAAGCUGGCUCUUCGCAAGCAGCUUGAGAAGACCCUUCUGCAGAUACCGCCCCCCAAACCGCCACCACCUGAACUUCACUUUCUGCCUAGCGCUGCCAACAAUGAGUUCAUCGUUCUGGUAGGUCUUGAGGAGGUCGUCAACACCAUCCUAGAAGUGGAGAAGGAUCCCAAGAGAAAGACCCCACAGAGGUUCACGGAUCCAUUUCGUUGUGCCCAAUGCAAGACGGACUUCACCACCAUCUGGAAGCAGGAUGCUAAGCAAGGCAUCAUGUGCGAGACCUGUAUUGUCUCCAAUCAGAAAAAGUCCCUCAAGGCGGAACACACCAACCGGUUGAAGACGGCUUUUGUCAAGGCGCUUCAACAGGAACAGGAGAUCGAACAGCGGAUGCAACAGAGUAGUCAGAACCCUGUAAUCCAUAAUCAAACGGCACGACAGCUACAACAAAUAUCCCAGAUCCAGUCAUCCCAUCAGAACAGGCACAGGGUAAUGAACCCAGUACCUCACCAACAGCGCACGGUGCUCAACCCAGCGCCCAGUUCCCAACGGGUGGUGCAGCCGGUCACCUACACGUACAUACCUUCAAUGGCCGGGGUCAAGAACUCCAAUCAGACGUUCACCUACAGAGUCCCCUCAACCCAGAUGGUGACCAAACCUCAGAUUGUGACGAGUCAUCACUCGGCGGCAGCGAGACAGCGGGAAUACCUCCUGGACAUGAUCCCAUCCAAGGUGCUUAAUCAAAACACACCGGUCACGUGGAAGAGAUGAGCAAACAGUCUUCUCAUCUGCCCCCCCCUUCUAAACCCCCCUCCCCGCCCCCUCUUGUGAUUGUUUGAGUCCCUGAGGGGGUUAAUUAACCAUGUGUACAAAACUCCUUUUGUAUUUGAUACAGUGAUACUAGAUAAGGUUGUGGAUUAACCAAACCAACCCCCAUCCCCCUUCACAACUCACUCGACGAAGUCAUCUGUAAGACUCUGAAGCCCAUCAUCUCAACAUUCUAAAACUCUUGUACUGGAAGCUUCCUGCUUUGUUAGCGACAGAUAUGUUUUGGCAGUUUUUUGUUUUUUUUCACGCUUGUGGAAUGUUAGUAUGCAAAAGCGAUUCGUCAAGUUUGAAACGAGUCAAAUGGAUAUAUACCAAUCGCAACCACGGCGCUGUGAUGUUCGGAACAUGUUGGAACUAUAGAGGGCGCUGUUGUGCUGCGACUGUGGAAUAUUCUAGUGUUGUGUUUCUGAGCUGUAGGACGAUUUAUGCAUGGAGUGUAAUGAAAGAGGGAUUAACUGCUUAUAAGAAAAGACACUUUUUAUGAGAGCGACUACUUUCUAAGAAGGAGGUUUAUCCUUUUGUUGUAAUCUUCAAAACAUGAGGAACUAUUUGUUGUUGAAAUAUACCACAGUUUCAAAACUAUUUAUAGUUGAAUAAUGUGAACUGUAAACUGUUCUAAAGAGAGGACGGUGUUUAAAGAAAACAAUUAUGGUGGCUUUCUUAGAUUGUAGAAUAUAUUUAUGACGAUAAUUGGGUUAAAUUUUGUUUCAGUUCUUUUUGCUUUAACCUAAUUCUUGAACAGUUUACUUAAAAAAGUUUUUUCCAAACUGAUAACAGCGAAGAUAAACUUUACUGGAGAAAAUACAAACAAAAACAACGGACGUGAAGACUUUGAAUGUCUUGACCAAAGCCUUAAAAUUGCAAAAAUUGGUUUUGGAUAAUAUUCCAAAGAUAAGUUUUUGGAGGCCACAUUUGAGUCGAAUAUCAUUCAUAAUUUGUAUUUGUAAAGGAAAACAAAGUGGUUGUAAAUAAUGGUAGUUUAUGGACAUGGUCUUAAAUUUAAAAUC